CCAACUGACUCUGAGCGGUUUAGCGUGUCGGCUGUUUGAGUCUAUAACUUAUUUAAACACAUUGUUGUUAUGUUGUUCAACAUUUUAAAUUCAAAGUCUUUUGUAUUCAAGUGUUAAUUUUUGUCUUGAUUUGAUCAAUGAAUUGAGAACUUUUUAAUAAUUAUGUUGGAAUUUAAUUUGGGAUACAGGGAAAUAAUUCCUGAUCAAACACAACCAGAAAAAUGGAAAGAAAUCACCCUAAAUACUGGUGGAAGUCAAAGUACUCUGCAGGAUAUCAAAGUACCCGAACGGGCUGGUGGUUAUUCUUACAAUAAUAGUAAUAAAUACUAUACUAGAAAUCGUUUUAUUUACUGGAGAAUAUCACACGAUAUUUUAGAACUAAUUGAACACAGUCUUGAUGUUAAUCUUGUUAAUUCAAAAGUUCGUUAUAAAUUUACGAAUACACCAAUUUUAGAUGGAAUAUCAAUACAUGAAACAAUUAAUUCAGUUAUUAUUCUUGUUGCAACCGUAGCAAGUGUACAUAAAUUGACAUUUCCACAUCCAAAUAAAAUUCAUAAACAAGAACAUUUAUUUGGUUCGUAUCCGGAUGUUGCUGUUCAAUCAAUAUUAGGUGAAGCAUCACUUCAAACAACUCGUGAUCCUCACUCUUUUCAUGUUAUAACGACUGCUGGAACAACAAACUCACCAAUACCACAUGCAGCAGCAUCAUGGCUAACUUUGCCACACGAAGAAGCUGUAUUUGCACUUGCCUACAAUACUGCUAGUAUUUUAGUUUUAAGAUUGGAUACAAUAACAGGUUUGGUACAUUCAACUGAGCUCAAACAAGAUUCAAUUGUGCCAAGAUUUCUUAGUGGUAUUGCCAUUGCAUUGAGAGGCAAUACAGAAGAUCAAGUUGCCAUGUCACUUGAAAUUCACACAAUUGGCAUUAAUACAUAUUUAUUUGCAUUGUGUCGAGAGGGCACUUUGAGAAUGUGGUCAUGCAACAAAUCUCAGUGUGUUGCAGUUGCUGAUGUGACCAUUGAUAGUCAUCAAGGGUCACAUGGACAUAUGCUGAAAAAAGUACUCAAUUCAACUGACAAUGAAUUUUAUCUCGGUAUUUAUUUAAAAUUUUCAACUGGCUGUGAAUUUUCUAUUCUCAAACUAGUUCAAGAUGCUGGUUUAUUUAAAUUUGUCAGAAUAUGUACACGUUUGGCACCUGAUCAACAUCUUGUUGAUUUUUCAUUUACAAUAUCAAGACUCUGGGCUGUUUGUAGAACAACUGAUAUGGAUACUGUUGCUGUAACACAUACACAAUUAUCGCUAAAUAGUUUACAAGUAAGUUCUAAAUGGGAAACAGCCAUUUUAGAACUGACACCUGAUCGUGAUUAUAUUAUUAGUGAUCUAGGUACUGAUCCACGACAAUCAUACAUAAAUUAUAUUUUUCAACCAGGACAAUUUUCAUUGGUUGACAUAACAAGAGCACUCAGUAUCUAUAGAAAAUCCAAUUUAAAUACUGAUAUGAUAUUAUCAUCAGGACAAUUAAAAGAACGUGUUUGUAUGGCUGUUGAAGCUGAAAUACAAUCUGAAGUUAUGGAUUAUGAAAUGACAGAUGAAGAUUAUUUGGAAAUUGCAAACAGAUGUUGGUCAAAAUUUUAUUCGUGUGUUAUUCAAUAUCAUAUUAAUGGAAAUAAACCAGUUGGACUGUUACUAUUACCAAAUGCUUAUGGUGUUGCACUAUUGAAAAAAUCAUCAUUCUCAUUAUUACGCCCUAUGGAGGCUCUUGAACAUCUUAUGUUAUCUAAUGAACAAUGUUACUCAUAUCAUUUCAAAACAACUCCAAUAUUAUCACAAGAUGAAGAAACAUGUCAAGAUUUAAUUUUAUUGAUGUCAGCAAUUGUACUACUAGAAAAUCAAUUAUCUGAAGAAAUUAAAAGUGAAUUUAAAAAAGAACUUUAUUAUCUUAAAAGUCCUGAUAUUGUUAUUGAUGAUAUGUUAUCGAAACUUUCAUUUGAAACUGAUGAUCCAUUAUCAGACUUUAAUUUUCAAACAGAAAUUAAUCAUAAAUUAGAUAGUAUUAAAGAUGCCUCAAAAGCAAUGGCAAUGCUAUUAGAAGCAUUAACAUAUGAUCUUGGUCAAUCUGAUAAAAUGAUUAUGGACAAUGAUACUACUGAAUUAUCAAAAAUUAUACUUAACACUACUCAUUUAUUUUCUAGUCAACUUGGAAUUUCAACCAUUACUGAAAGUGUUGCACAAAUUGCACUUUUACGAUUUGCUAUUUGCAGAAAUUUAUUGAUUCUUCAACGAAUAGUUUUAUCAAGACUUGAAAAUUUUGAUUCAAAAAUGUUGCAUUCUAUUAAAUCAUCAUUAGCACCACGUACAGUUGUUUUAACUCAAGCUUAUUAUGUUGUAAUGUGGCUUCGUGAAACAACAGCUAAUCCAACAUCACAACCAUCACUUUUAGAAACAAGUAUUCAAAGACUUUCAAGUUUAAAACUUAUGGAAUCACGCACAAGUAAUUACAGAACACAACAAAGAUCACUAUCACUGCUUGAGCAUUUUGUACAAUGUAGUGGUGCUAAACAUGCUCAUAACUUGUUAAUAAAUUCCAUGGAUAUAGACAAUAGUGAUUUAAUACCUUGGCAUUGUGGAAUGUUAACUCAGAUGACACUUAUUGCACAACUUGUUUGGCCAGUUUCUAAUUUUGUCUUUCCCGAAUGGCUAUUAUCAAGUUGUCAAUUUCUUCUUGUUCAAGAAUAUGUACGGCUUCUUAGUACUUGGUGUGAAUGGAAUUCUGCAUCAAGAAAAUUUAUACUUGCUGUUGCACUUUUAGAAAUGGGUGAAACAAGAAAAGCAUGUGAUCAUUUUCUUCGUGCAUCAAGUGGUGUAUUAACUGAUAAUUUUCUUGCCACAAUAUUACUUGAAUCAUCAACUUCAACUGAAAAUCGUGCACUUGUUUUAUACUAUUUAAAAAUAAUUGAAUUAUUUGAACAACAUAAAGCAUCUGAUUGCAUUAUUGAAUUAGCUUGCACAGCUAUUACAGUAUCUGAUAAAGAUGAUCCAAACCUUCCAACUCUUCAUUCAAUUGUAUUUACACAACAUUUAAAUUUAGGCCAUUAUGUAGAAGCAUAUCAUUGUCUAAACUCAAAUCCUGAUAAUGAAAGAAAAUCUGAUUGUUUAAGACAAUUAGUUGUAACAUUAUUUGAAAAAAAAAAACUCAUUGAUUUGGUAUCAUUUCCUUAUGUUGAUAUGUAUAAUGAACUUGAAAAAAUUGUCAUUGGACGUGCAAGAAGUGUUGAUCUUAUAGAAAAUAAUUAUUAUAAUUUUUUGUAUAGUUUUCAUGUUAACAAAGGAAAUUUACGUAAGGCAGCAUCAGUUAUGUAUGAACAAGCAAUGAGAUUAAGUCAAGAAUCAAAUUCGAUUGAAUUAUUAACAAAAGAAGCACAGUGUUUAUUGGCUUGUAUUAAUUGUCUGAAUCUUGUUAGUGAAAAAUACAGAUGGAUUGUGAGACCAGUUGUUGAUGAGGCUUAUUCUAAUAAUGAUGAAAAACGUAAUAUUACUGGUAAAGAAGUACUUUAUUAUAAAGCUAAAAAAACAGUUGAAAUAUUUGAAUUAAAAGACAUUAAAAAAGAAUAUUAUCUUGUUAAUGCAAGACUCAAACUAUCAAAACACAAUUCUAAUCUUCACACUGUUGCACAAGCAGGUCCAGCUGAAAUUAUUGCUGUUCUCACAAGUGUUGGAUUGUACACCACAGCAUUACAUAUUUGUGAUGAAUUUAAUAUUAGUAAAUGCAGUGUUCUUGAAGGUUUAACAUCACAAUGUUUAAGACUCAGUAAACAAGAGGAUUCAAAUGCCUGGGAUUGGCUUAUACAAAAUAAUGUAUUUGAUUUAGUUAACUGUAGUAACAAUUGUGUUGUUGAUGUUUGUUGGAAUUUAAUGAAAACAUUGACAUUAUUACAUGAAAAAAAAAAUGAAAGUAAACUUUAUAAAUGUGUUGCUAGUAAAUUACUUCAACAAGGAGCUUUUUUACCACAAUGGCUUAUGAUUUCUUAUAAAAAAAAAAACCCAUCUGAAUUACUUAGAAUUAUUUUAAAUUCUGGAAGAUUAUUAGAAGCAUUAGAUUUAACAUUGGAUUAUAUUAAUGCUAUUCUUGGUGAAGGAAAAGAAUACUUUGGUUUAGACACACCAUUAAUUGCAACUGGACCACCAGUUUGGCUACCACUAAAUACAAUUGAACUUUUGUUGCUUGAAUUGAAAAAUGCAAGUGACGUUGAUCACACUUACAUGGAGCCAUACUUGAAAUUGAAGAAUACUUUGGAUGACUACGUACAUACAGUAAAGAGAGUGUCUGAAGACAUGGUACGAUUUAAAACGCAGAAAUCAGAAAUGUAUUGAAUCUAAAAAAUAUAAGAAUUAGCCAUUCUACUUUUCUACCAUGUAUUGAUAUCAAAUUUUGUUUUUUAUUACUCAAAACCAAUUCUUUUGUACUGACUAUUUUUCAGAUCAAUAAAAUAUUAAAUAUACCUGUAAAGCUAAUCAACAAUAUUUUUAUUUUUUUUGAUAUAAAUCAGAAUAAUUUCAUGUUUUCUAUUGAAUAUUGUUGGCUCUGAAAGGCAUUUGUCUAGAAGAGACAUAAAUAAGUAAAUGAAUAAAACGUUUAAUUUGGUCUUGAUAUAAUUAUAUAUAUCGUUUUAGUAAAUAUGCAAUUUUUAAUACCAACAAUUUCUUAAUUGCAAAGGUAAUUUAUUAUAAAGAGUUAAAAUAUAAAUAUUUACAGUAAAUUUUAUUGAUAAUUUAUUUUUUUCAAAUAUUUCAUUUUACUCAAAUACAAUCCAUACACUCAUGUUUUUAUUUUUUUAAAAGUUGAAAAAAUAUAAAAUCUCUUUUCACAUUGAAAAGAUUGAAAUAGACAAAUAACUAAGUUGAAAAAAAAAAAAAUCAGUCUGGUGUUUUUUAGUUUUUAAAUUCAUAUAUAUAUAUUACGAUUUUUGUAAAAGAUGAAAUUUAAAGCUCAUCAUGAUCAUCUGUCUGUUCUUUGUCAUCAUUCUCAUCAAUUAGUGUCGAGUCUUGAUUUUCCGUUGACUCAUCUUGAAUUUCAUCGUCGUCAUCAUCAUCAUCUUCU